UGCAUGUACCUGCAGGCGCUGCGGGCUCAGCACCCCGAGAAGCUGCACUCAGGGCCCGGUGUCGUAGGGAAUGUGCUGGUGGACCCCAGUGCCAAGAUUGGGGCAAACUGUGUCAUCGGCCCCAAUGUGACGAUCGGGGCCGGCGUGGUGGUGGAGGAUGGGGUGCGCAUCAAACGCUGCACCGUGCUGAAGGGGGCCCGCAUCCGUUCCCACUCGUGGCUGGAGUCCUGCAUCGUGGGCUGGAGCUGCUCCGUGGGGCAGUGGGUGCGCAUGGAGAAUGUGACAGUGCUGGGUGAGGACGUCAUUGUCAACGAUGAGCUCUACCUCAACGGGGCCAAUGUGCUGCCACACAAGUCCAUUGCCGAGUCCGUGCCAGAGCCACGCAUCAUCAUGUAGCAGCCCCUGGUGGGCUCUGCACUCCUGGCUCUGCUUGGAUUAAAUAUUUAUACUUCCAUC